CUUCACGUCCGACAACGGCAUCCCCUUCCCCAGCGGCAGGACCAACCUGUACUGGCCGGGGACCGCCGAGCCCUUGCUGGUGUCGUCCCCCGAGCACCCGCGCCGCUGGGGCCAGGUCAGCGAGGCCUACGUGAGCCUCCUAGCUAUGCCAUCUUUGGCUCGAAGACCGUCCAGCUCACGGGCCGGUCCCUUCUGCCAGCACUGGAGGCCGAGCCCCCGUGGGACACCGUCUUCGGCAGCCAGAGCUACCACGAGGUCACCAUGUCCUACCCUAUGCGCUCCGUGUUCCAGCGGGGCCUCCGCCUGGUGCACAACCUGGGCUUCAGGACGCCUUUCCCCAUCGACCAGGACCUGUACGUGUCGCCCACCUUCCAGGACCUGCUGAACCGCAGCGUGGCCGGCCAGCCCACCGGCUGGUACACAGACCUGCACCACUACUACUACCGGGACCGCUGGGAGCUGUACGACCACAGCCAGGACCCCCGCGAGACCUGCAACCGGGCCGGCGACCCACGCUUCGCCCAGGUCCUGGACCUGCUGAAGGCCCGGCUGGCCAAGUGGCAGUGGGAGACCCAUGACCCCUGGGUGUGCGCCCCCGACGGCGUCCUGGAGGGAAAGCUCUCACCCCAGUGCCGGCCCCUGCACAACGAGCUCUGACGGCCCCUCCCAGACGGGCCCCAGCCCCGCCUUAGCUGACCGUGGGGGCGGCAGGCCACGCCCCCCCACGCUGGACGUCCCUCCCGCCUGGGCCUGGGGAGGAGACCCCUUCCCUCCUCCAGGGUGCUGCUGCCCGCUGAGGGGCACCUCCGUCCUCGCGGGCAAGGAAUUCCAGGGGGUCUCUGGGACAGGGCAGGACCCUGGUCCCGGUGGAGUUUUGUUCUCCGGUUGGAGACCGAGUGCUGGGGUCUGGGCCUCAGUCUUUGGAUGCUUCUAGCCAGUUCCCUCCCCGCCUCCCGUGUGCCAGGUGGGCAGGUGCAGACCACGCUGGUGGAAGCUGGCGAACGGGCACAGGGCCGCUUUGCCGCCCCAGCUCGGGUUCCCCUGACCGGCGGCAGGCUGAGUGGGUGUCCGGGCAGAGGUCGUCCUGCUUGAGGGUCACCAGAGGCAGGGCGAUGCCACAGGCACCGGCUCAGGCCAGCUCCCGGUGGAUGACACCGGCACGGGCCACCGGCGAUGCCUGGCCUGCUCCACGCUGGCCUGCAGGAGGGGGCUCUUCCCACGGUGGGCAGGCCCCCGGCCCCCUGCUGCCCUCCCCCACUGACGCUGUGGGGGUGGGGUGGGUGAAAGCCCCGGCCUGGGCACGGGGAAAGCCGGUUCUUUCGUAAAACACGGGAGCUGCUUUUCUGAA